GGGUCGUUUUGUUGUCUCUUUUCAUACCUUAGGUGGUGGUACUGACUUUUUAAGUAUUUUGAUAGCAACUGUAAAUAUGAAAGCUUGGACACUGUCGAAAGUAUCUUGUGUGAAACACGCCGGAGUCAUAAAGUUUGACACAUUUUUGUGAACGUGAACGUCUCAGCGGACCCGCCUGACACUUCCCUCUGUAGUCGGAAGGACAAACACAAUGUCUAUACAGGAGUUGUAUUUUAUGCACCAUGGACUUAUGUUGCCAAAGGAGACCCACUCUCAAGAAAGCCUGACAUAUUUUGCGCAGCAAUUCACGUUUAAAGGCGAUGACGCCAUUGCCGUCACGUACCCAAAAUCAGGUACAGUCUGGAUGCAAGAGAUCCUCCCGCUGGUGCUGAAUGGUGGAGACUUGACACCGAUCCAAACUAUUCCCAACUGGGAUAGAGUCCCCUGGCUGGAGGAAAAAAGAUUAAAAGUAGUUGUGGAUCAGUUGCCUUCUCCACGAGCACUGGUUACACAUUUUCCGUACGAACUCAUGCCACAAUCUUUCUUCUCCUCGAAAGCCAAAGUGAUCUAUGUAAUGAGGAACCCCAAGGAUGUCGCGGUGUCUUCCUAUUACUUCCACCAGAUGGCCACUUUCCUUGAAGACCCUGGAACCUGGGAAGAGUUUAUUGACAAAUUCCUGGAAGGCAGAGUGAUGUUUGGCAAAUGGACCAACCAUGUUAAGAGCUGGAGGCACACCGAGCUGGGAGACAGAAUCAUGUAUAUCACAUAUGAGCAAAUGAUUCAGGACCUUCCUGCAGCUUUACGUCUUAUGUCUGAUUUCCUGGGAAAGAACCUGAGUGACGAAGUCAUCGAGAAAAUAUCCAGCCACUGUUCCUUCAAGUCCAUGCAGGCCAACAUCAUGUCCAACUUCACUUUGGUCCCCAAGAUAUACAUGAACUCUGACAAGUCUCAGUUUCUGAGGAAAGGUGUCGUUGGAGACUGGAAGAACCAUUUUAGCUCCAAGCAACUGGCCCACUUCUCCUCAGUCAUUUACAAGGAGUUGGAAGGUGAGAGCUUCACUCUGCCUUGGAGCCUGGACGGCACAGCUGAUGUAACAAAAGUGGACGAAAAAGUUGAAAUGUUAUAGAUGCACGUUCUAAAUUAAGUCAGCUUUUACUCAAAUAUUCUGCACAAGACGGAAUCGAGUUAUUUUUUUUCCCCACUACAGCGGUACCUCUACUUACGAAAUUAAUUGGUUCUGGAAGAAAUUUCUUAACUAGAAAAUGUUGUAAGUAGAGACGCGUUUUCCAUGUAAAUGCCCGAAGCCGUUCCACGCCCCCCGCAAAAUUCAGACAUAAAUGUUUUUAUAGCAUAAAACUGCAUCAAAAUAUGUAACAAAC